AUGGAUUCAUCGGGGACAUUGGAAUUCUUCUCACAAGUCAACAGUCACAACUACAAAGCAAUUCUUCUGUGUUAUUCCACCGACCUUUUUGAAGCGAAAUCAAAAGCCUGCCAAUGUAAUGACAAUUCUCAGCUCUGCGACUUCGAUGAGUCACUCUAUCGUACAACUGGAUCGGGAAGCAGAUGUAUCGCUUGCGGUAACAAUACUGUGGGUACACACUGUGAGCUCUGUCUGGAGGGCCAUUAUAUGAACCCACAGAGGCCAACUACUUGCUUGCACUGUGAUUGCGACCCCACCGGAACAGUAGGCUCUUCACAAACUUGCGAUUCAGAUGGUCAAUGCGCAUGCAAACCGGGUGUGGGUGGUAGGAAAUGUGACCGUUGUUUAGACGACAACUAUGGAUUCAGUGCCGCCGGAUGUCAGCCGUGCAACUGCUUUCCUGGUGGUAGCCUUGAAAACAGAGCUCAAUGCGACUCUAAAACUGGUCAAUGCCUCUGCAAAGACAACGUUGUGGGCAAGACCUGCUCAGAGUGUGUCCUCUAG